CUCUCUCCUGAUCGAUUUACUUCGAUAGCUCCUCCAGGUGAAAAAAACAAUUCACUUGAAUUUCUCCAAACCCUAGAUUCCCAAUUUCGUUACUUCUCAAUUAAAUUGUGAUCAUUCAAUCAUCAAUUCGAUUGCUUCUAUGCUCAAAUUCGACGAAUCCCUGAAGUAAUUUAAAUUUUCUCGAUUUCCAUUCUGAUUUCUCUGUAUGUGCAGCAGCGGCAAUGCUUGAUCUCUAGUUUUGAAGAUCGAAUUAGGGUUUUGAAACACACUGAUUCGUUUGGGCUUACUCAGCUCGAUCUUGGGGCUGAAGCUAUGGCGCAGAGUAAUUGGGAAGCGGAUAAGAUGCUUGACGUUUACAUAUAUGAUUAUUUGGUGAAGAAGAAACUGCAUAACACUGCUAAGUCCUUUAUGACUGAAGGCAAAGUCUCUCCUGAUCCUGUUGCGAUUGAUGCUCCUGGUGGGUUUCUUUUUGAGUGGUGGUCUGUGUUCUGGGACAUCUUUAUUGCCAGGACGAAUGAGAAGCAUUCUGAGUCUGCUGCAGCUUAUAUAGAGGCACAGCAAGGUAAAGCGAAGGAGCAGCAAAUGCAAUUGCAGCAGCUGCAGAUGAUGCGCCAAGCACAAAUGCAGCGUAGGGAUCCUUCUCUUGGGGGUCCGAUGAAUGCUAUUGUUUCUGAUGGGAUGGUUGGGCAGUCUAACAAUGCCAGUGCUAUGGCUGCUAAAAUGUACGAGGAACGUAUGAAGCAACCCAAUCCAAUGAACGCUGAGACAUCCCAACCCCAUAUGGAUCCGAGGAUGGCCCUUCUCAAAUCAGGAACAAGCCAUCAUGGUCAGAUGGUCCAAGGGAAUCAUCAAGGAGGUGUUUCGGCAGCACUGCAGCAACUUCAGUCACGAACUCAGCAGGCCCCUGAAAUCAAAAGUGAAGUUAAUCUUGGAGCAUCUCCAAGACAACUACCAGUGGAUCCUUCUACAGUUUAUGGCCAGGGAAUUCUGCAAUCAAAGCCUGGGAUGGGGAGUGCAGGAUUAAACCCUGGAGUUGGUGCUCUUCCUUUGAAGGGAUGGCCAUUAACUGGGAUCGAUAAUAUGCGACAAGGUUUAGGCCCUCAGGUUCAGAAAGCUUUCCUUCAAAAUCAAGGUCAAUUUCAGCUCUCACCGCAGCAGCAGCAACAACAACAGAUCAUGGCUCAGGUUCAAGGGCAAGGAAAUAUGACUAAUUCGUCCAUGUAUGGCGACAUGGACUCUCGCAGAUUUACAGGAUUGCCCAGAGGAAACCUGAAUUCGAAAGAUGGCCAACAGAAUGCAAAUGAUGGUUCUAUUGGAUCCCCUAUGCUGUCAAAUUCGUCAAAACUUAUCAACAUGCCGCAAGCACAGCAAUCUUCUUCUCAGCAACAAGAUCCUUUACUAUCACAGCAAUCACAGCAGAACAACCGCAAAAGAAAAGGACCUUCAUCUUCUGGUCCUGCUAACAGCACGGGGACAGGAAACACGGUCGGCCCAUCCAACUCACAGCCGUCAACUCCUUCAACGCAUACCCCUGUCGAAGGAGUUGCUAUGACUGGUAACAUGCAGCAUGUGAAUAACAUGCCAAAAGGGCCAAUGAUGUAUGGUUCUGAUGCAAUAGGUGGUCUUGCAUCAUCAGCAAAUCAACUGCUGCAGGAUGACAUGGAACCGUUUGGAGAUGUGGGAGCCCUAGAAGAUAACGUUGAAUCGUUUUUAUCCCAAGAUGAUGGAGAUGGAGGAAGCUUGUUUGGCACCCUAAAGCGGAACCCUUCUGAGCAUACCGAAACCUCAAAGGUUUUUAGUUUCAAUGAGGUUGGCUCUAUAAGAAGAAGUGCCAGUAAGGUCAUCUGCUGUAACUUCUCAUCUGAUGGAAAAUUGUUGGCUAGCGCUGGACAUGAUAAGAAGGUGUUUAUUUGGAACAUGGAAACGCUACACACUGAGAUCCCUCCGGAAGAACAUGGUCAUAUCAUCACAGAUGUUCGUUUCCAACCUAAUUCAACUCAACUGGCUACGUCGUCGUUCGACAAAACUAUCAAAAUAUGGGAUGUUUCUAAGCCUGGUUACUUCGUACGAACAAUUUCUGGUCACAAUGCACCUGUAAUGUCCCUUGAUUUUCACCCGAAGAAAACCGAUCUUUUCUGCUCUUGUGAUACCAACAAUGAGAUUCGUUUCUGGAGCAUCAACGCUGCUAACUGCCUUCGUGGUAUAAAGGGUGCUAGCACGCAAGUACGGUUCCAGCCAAAAGUUGGACAAAUGCUUGCUGCCGCUUCUGAAAAUAUUGUGUCAAUUUUCGAUGUUGAACAGUACAGAGGGGUCCAUUCGUUUAAGGGACAUUCCUCAAGUGUGCAUUCUAUUUGUUGGAACCCAACCGGAGACUUGGUAGCUUCUGUUAGCGAAGACAGUGUUAAAGUAUGGUCUGUGGGCUCAGGAGAAUGCAUCCACGAGCUCAGUUCUAGUGGAAACAAAUUCCACUCUUGCGUUUAUCACCCUACCUAUCCCAAUCUAUUGGUCAUCGGUGGGUACCAGUCACUGGAGCUGUGGGACACAGGAGAGAACAAAUGUAUGACAAUAGCGGCUCACGAGUGUGUGAUCUCUGCCUUAGCUCAGUCAUCUUCUACAGGAAUGAUGGCGUCUGCAAGUCAUGACAAGUCUGUAAAGAUUUGGAAGUAGAAAAAAAUAUUUAUCUUCUUUCAAGAAGAGCAGCUCAGGACUAUUUUUGAGUCUAAAUUCUUUGUUAAAUGUUAAAAUCAAUAAGUUGUUUAAUGGGUUUGUUUGCUUCAAAAGCAAAGGGACUUAUGCUCA